AUGUUUAAAAAGCUAUUUUAUCCACACUUUGGACAACUUUGCUCUGAGAAGAAAAUCACAUCAACUUCUAAUUCAGACACAGAAAGGAAAUCUGUUCAACAGCCUCCCUGUAUGAACCCUGGCAAUCCAGUGUUUUCAUGUAUGUUGGACCCAAAGACACUGUGUACAGCUACCUCACUAUCAAAACCUCAGAUGAUUAUGUAUAAAACCAAGUCAACUGAUUAUGGUGAAUUUUCACCUAUACCGCAGUUUCUUCCCUGCAUUUAUGCUCCAAAGCGGGCAGUCUUUACACACCAUAUCAGAGCAACUGGAUUUUAUCAAAACAACAGUCUAAACACUGCACCGGACAGAACCAGAACCCUUGAUUUUCCUAAUUUUCAGCACACUCUAUAA